AGCUCGGAAGCCGGAGCGAGAUGCCAUAGAAGCGGUGCGCGAGCGAGCGGUGAGCGAAAAAGCUCUCGUCCGGCUGAGAGCCCUCAGCCCGGUCCAUGGGCUCGCUAGUGCGUCUCCAUAUCGAUAUGCGUAGAAGAGCACAGGACGCUGGAUACGGCAGAACGACCGAACGAACGCUGGUGCGCGCGCGCUUACCCAUUCGAGAAUUUGGAAAGGCAGAGGGUCUGCUGCCGCUUUUCGCUGCUGCAAACGGACAUUUUUCGUAUUUUCCACGCUACGGAGAGCUUUUUUUAGUGUGCCGCCAGGAAACGAAAGAUCUUGUGUCUUUGUGUGUGUGCGUGCGUAUGUGUGUGUUCGACUGUGCAAGGACUUUUCUGUAGGUGUGUGUGUGUGGCAGUGAAUGUUUGUGUUGAUAAGGAUUGCGUAGGUGUUGGCGCGAUUGAAUCCGAAAACUAACAAACCGCUCGGUUGUUGUGUUGCGGUUCGUGUUUUUGUGUGUACCAGAAAACAAAAGCAAACAGAACAAACAUCAAUAGAGAGAGAGAGCAAGAGGAAAAGAGAAGGAAAGAGGCAAGCGGAUGUGAAAGUGGCGAUUGAUAGCGGCUUGUGUAGAUUCGCGUUUGAACCGUCGUGUGACUGAUAAGGGAGCGGUUGUCGGUAUUAAGGCAUUAAGGCAUAACACAGGGAAAAGAGGCCGGCCAUUCUUCGCACUCGCUUCUUAACUCCUCAAGUGAGGUCAAAUGUUUGCUUAAUUUAUGGGUGUUUGUGAAGGUCGCGUGAAGUCACGAGUCGGAACAGGGCAAAGGAAACCCGUCGCUACGUGGCCGGGCGUACCGACAACCGUGGGCUAGAUGUUAGUGGAAGGUAUCGGUGCCGCCGUCAGGAACGUAUCGCCCGCCCCAGAAAACAUUCCCGUACCGGCCGUGUGUGCGCUUGGGAUGGAUCAGCAAUCGAACGAAUCGGCAGCGGUGGCCGUGGCGGCUGCUGCAGCCGCCGCAGCCGCCGCCGCCGCAACGGGCCGCUCGGGCGGAUCGGGAUCGCAGUCGGCAGCGGGUGACUUUGCGGCAGCGGCGGCCGUAGUGCUGUCGCUACAGAACACGAUGGUCACCAGCCUGCAGCAGGCCGCCCUUAUGCCGGCCAACUCGGCCGCUGCAGCCGCCCUCAAUCUGCAGGCGCUCGAGUCGUACCUGACGCUGCAGAGGAUCACCAGCAAGUCGGAGGUGCUGCGUCUGUCCGGAUCGGCUGCGGGGCAUUCUACCGCAUCUCACCAGCGUCAUCAGCCCCUGCCAUCGAUGCCGAUCACUGGACCCGCGGCCCAGACGACGAACGACGCGGGUGAUGCAGAUGGAGGAGAUGCGAUGGGGGACGACAUGUUCAUGGACACGUCCGGCCCGUCCAUGCUGCUCCAGGGCAACGAGCUAGCGGACGAGCUGCCCGUGCUCGAUCAGGAUGAAGAUCUCAACUUUGACGACGGGCCGGACGACGGAUCCGACGGGAACUCGCUCGACAAUGGCUAUCCCAGCCUGCUGCUCAAUGCCGCCUUCCACCAGCAGAUGAGCGCGGACAAGAUGAAAACCCUGGCGGCGGCUGGGAGUGUCGGUACGGCACCGUCAGUGUCGGCGGCAACUUCCGCGUCGGGAGCCGUCGGGACAAAGGAUUCACACAGCCACACGGGUGCUGCGACGGCACCGACGGCGGCAGCCGUUGCGGCCGGUGGUAGCGGCCAGCGACCUAAGAAGCAGUUCAUCUGCAAAUUUUGCAACCGACAGUUCACCAAGUCCUACAACCUGCUCAUCCACGAGCGCACGCACACCGACGAGCGGCCGUACUCGUGCGACAUCUGUGGGAAAGCGUUCCGUCGCCAGGAUCACUUGCGCGACCACCGAUACAUUCACUCGAAGGAGAAACCGUUCAAAUGUCUGGAAUGCGGAAAAGGAUUCUGCCAGUCGCGAACGCUGGCCGUGCACAAGAUCCUGCACAUGGAGGAGUCGCCCCACAAGUGUCCGGUGUGCAGCCGCAGCUUCAACCAGCGCUCGAAUCUCAAAACGCACCUGCUCACGCACACCGACAUCAAGCCGUACCACUGCAUCGCCUGCGGCAAGGUAUUCCGACGGAAUUGUGACCUCCGGCGGCACAGCCUCACGCACAACCUGGGCGCAACGGCCGGCGGUGCGGGCGGCACGUUCGAUCUGGCCGGCCCGAACGCGUCAGCUGCGGCCGGAUCGGACGGUUCGCUGGCGACCGAGAGCGACCGAGAGGAUGGCGGAUGUGAGCUGAAAACCGUAGAUCUGAUGGCGCUAGCCGAUGUGGACUGAGCGUGGCGUGAUGGGAAGGCAAACUAAAUACGAGUAAGGAUGCGUGAAUGUAUGUAUGAAAAGGCUUGAAUGUGUUUGUGUGCUGUGCGUAUGGUAAUCACCCAGAAGCGGUAUGUCCAAUAGUGUAGGUCUAAGACAGCCUGUGAGCAUUCGUGCGGGAGAAGUAAUCUAAAAGUGACUGAUAUGGUAGCGACGGUUCGUCGCUUAUGCUCUAGCAUUGUAGGAAGCAAGUUUUUCGUUUCGAGCAGCACCCCACGCUCGGUGAUAGAUUGUAAAAUAUGGUAAAUCUAAACUAAGAUCAUACUAAGUACACUAUAUCGGUGCCUUCCGGCCGGCCAGGCAAGGCUUGGACUGAUGUCGUUCUCUGAGAAUUAUCUACUUCUUCCUUCCAUUUUGCGAUUGGUUAAGGCAUAAGGACGUUUGAUUGUUAGGUACUUAUUAUUAUUAUUAUUAUUAUUAUUAUUAUUGCUGAUAUGCCAGACAUAUGUACAACGGAUUCGAUUAUCUUCCGCUUUUGUGACGGAACAGUUUUGUGGUAAAGUAAAUAGGCAAAUAAAAUGCUAGGAUGUGUAAGCCAGGUAGUUGAUAUUAGUAAUAUAUGCUCUCAAACAGAA